UGCCCGACACCAAAAAGUAAACAGACUUGUUUUGAUCUGUCAAAACAUCAUGCGACUGCUGUAGCAAAACGAAUUGGGUGUCCUUGUGACUAAACUCUUUAUAUAAAACGGUUUGUAUUUGAUGAUCGCGACGAUAUUUUCGAGCAGUCGUUGUGUUUGAAUUUUUAAGUGUCUACGUUGCGGUUUUUAUAGUGCGUUACAGCAGCUAGCAGGCUAACCAGCCGAUAGCUUACUAGCUUAUGCUCUUCACCGUUACAACUAACUUAACAUUAGCGGACAGCGCAGUGGCAGCUAGCAGUUCGUCGAGGGAAGGACGUAUGUAACUGACGUUAUACUUUCAUAUCUUUGUAGAUAAAGUUAUCUCGUAAAUUGCGUGUAGUAUUUCUAACUACAUCUGUAGCGUUACGUUACAAAGUGACAUUUCAAGCAACCUUAACCACCCUUCUUUAGCCGCUAGCUGCCCAGCCUAUUCCUACUUUUCCUGUAUAUUUCUCUACAUGCCAACAGCAGAAUGUGGCUCAUAUUAAUAACAACAAUGUGAAGGAAUACGUAGAGUGGUGUUAGUACUAAACAGAUCAAAGUGAUGAAGCCUGAACAUCAAUACCCUGCCAUGUCUGAGGAAGGAAAGCGGAGUCCUGGCCGCCUGAGCCGACAGACCUACAAAAGUUCAGCCCAUUUCUGCAGCCUGCUGGACGGCCUCCUGGCUCUCAGAGAAAGUGGCAUACUCUUUGAUGUGGAGCUGCUGGUGGAGGGUCGAGCCAUCAAAGCCCACCGUAUACUUCUGGCAGCCUCUUGCGAUUAUUUUAGGGGAAUGUUUGCUGGAGGCCUUCGCGAGACACAGCAAAAGGAGAUCCCAAUUCAUGGAGUAUCUUACAUGGCCAUGAAAAAAAUACUCGACUACAUCUACACUUCAGAGAUCGAGUUAGACCUGGAGUGUGUGCAGGAAGUCCUGAUAGCCGCCACACUAGUACAGCUUGAGAUUGUCAUCGGCUUUUGCUGCGAUUUCCUUUUCUCCUGGCUGGACGAGAGCAACAUCUUAGAGGUCCACAAUUUAGCUGAUCUCUACGGACUGCAACAACUUAAUGCCAAGAUCCACUCCUACAUCCUCAGGAACAUUCAGACUUUGUCUCGCACCGACGUGUAUCGAGAACUCUCCCAAGAUGAAGUCUUCAGCGCGCUGAGCAGCGACGAGCUUCAGGUGAACAGCGAGAACGAGGUGUACGAGGCGGCUCUUCACUACCACUUCAGUCCGUUGCAGGUGGAAACUGACCAGGUGUACUUGCAGGUCAGUCCCAAGGACAAUCUCAAGAUGCUCGAUGCUGUGCGUUUCUGCCUAAUUGAGAAGCAAGUGUUGCAGAGGCUGCAUGGCCGACUGCACCAGUGUCCACUGAAGGAUUGUGUGUCAGCCGCGCUGCGAUACCACGAGCAGGAGAUCUGGCAGCCCGUCCGGCAGAGUCCUCUCACCCAGCCACGCUCCACCUUCCACUGCAUAUUGGGCUUCGGGGGGAUGUUCACCUCCAGCUCCCUCACAGAAAGCGAGCAUUUGUUCCAGGUGUUCCACCCCAGCUGGGGGGAGUGGAGGACUCUCACUGCAGCUCACACCCCCCGAAUGUCCAACCAGGGCAUCGCUGUGCUCAACAACUUUGUGUAUCUGAUUGGAGGAGACAAGAACACCAGUGCGUUUUGCGCAGAGACCCGCUGCUGGAGAUAUGACCCUCGUCACAACAGCUGGUGCUCCAUCCAGCCUCUGCAACAGCAGCGGGCUGACCACUGCGUUUGUGUGAUGGGCGGCCAUAUUUAUGCCAUUGGAGGACGGGACUACAGCACUGAACUGGAAUCGGUGGAGCGCUACGACCCGCACUCCAACAUGUGGGAAUGGGUAUCACCCCUAAAGAGAGAGAUUUACGCCCACGCUGGAGCAGUGUUGGGCGACAAAAUGUACAUAACAUGCGGGCGCCGAGGAAUGGCCUACCUCAGAGAGACCUACUGCUUUGACCCGGCGGCCAAUCAUUGGACAGGAUGUGCUGAGGGGCCGGUGGAGCGAGCGUGGCAUGGCACGGCUGCGGUUAAUGGACGCAUUUAUGUUAUCGGCGGAAGCAACGACGAGCGUGGAUAUCGGCGGGAUGUCCUGAAGGUGGCGUGCUUUAACCCCGAAGCCGGCUCUUGGUCUCUACUGACCCCCCUCCCCGCGGGACAUGGAGAACCCGGCAUAGCUGUGCUGGACAGUCGCAUCUACGUCCUGGGAGGACGCUCGCACGACAAAGGCAACAGGAUGAAAUACGUUCACGCGUUGAACACCGACGCCGACGAGUGGGAGGACGAGACGGCGUUCAAGGAGCGCGUCUCGGGCCUGGCGGCCUGCGUGGCGCUCAUGCCCCCCGCUGUGAUCGCACAGGCCAGGAGCUGGGAGCAGCGCACCAAGGCUUCAUGGGAGGACGUGGACUUGGACAACUCGGGGGACUCCAGUGAGGAUUGAAGCAGCUGUUGUGAACUGAAUGUCUGAGCACUGGAGACGCCGACUGGAGUACCUGGAGGAAUUUCUUCUUUUUUUUGCAGCAGCAGCAGCAGCAUCGCUUCCACGUUGCACGUUGACCACUUUGAGUGCCUCGGGAACCAAAGUGUCAUUCCGGACCUUUGCACACUUUUUGUUACUUUUCAAAUAUCUUCUUAGAUAAUUAUACUCUGCCCCAUUGAGUCUCAGCUAAAAAUGCUACUGUUUGUCGCAUUAUUAGAGUCAUUAUUACCUGUCACUGUAGCUGCCUCCGCAUUGUUUAUCAUAGAGAGAAUUUCUUCCAUAUCUUCAAGUGACAGAAAGCAGCAAAGACUGCUGGCUAUGCAAUAACAUGGUAAUAUGGAGCGCUCUCAUCAGACUUUAGUUCCUAUCUCUCCUCUCUAGCAGCUACUGGUUGUUGCCAGGAACUCCCGACGGAGUUAUCUUCCCUUCCAAACUACUGAGUAAUCAUUAACUUGUUCAAUUUUAACACUGUGCCUUGUUUUUGUGGUUACAUCCUGACCUUUUGUUGUGACAUUUUUUACAUUUCAGUGUAUUCUGUGGGUGGAGAGGGAGCCUUGGGUCCUGUGCCUCGCUCGGACAUCACAAUUUGUUGAAUAAUUUUUUUUUUUUUUUAAAUUGAUUUGACUGAUGAGGCGCUGGUGCAGCAGGUUGUAGUACAUAAUGUUGCCAUGUCUGUAAAGGAUUUCUCGACUUUUUUUUUUGUGUGAUGACAAACCAAACCACGGUCGUAUAUUUUGUUGUGUCCUGUCAUUGGUCUUUACCGAAUAUGUUAUUCCAUUACUGAAUCCAAAGAGCACAAUGUCGAGUAGUUUUAGAAUGUUUCUGUUUGUCGAGUCGAGCUUUUGCUCCACGCUUCAGCUUGUUGCCUCUUCUUACGCUGUUUAAUAGACGCAUUCAAGAAGCUUAAUGACACGUCCGCUCCACUGUGUAUCCUUUUCCUUUUCGUCAUUGGAAGAAGAAAAAAAAAAACUCGAAAGUGUACUUUUCUUUUUCCUAUAAUGAGAGUUACGUCUUAAGAAAAACAAAUGCAGUGUAUUAAAACAAACCGUCACACAAGAUAUGCAAACUUUAAUAAAGAUGGUAAUAUAUG